AUGGCUGAUAACUUUACUAUAAUGUUUCUGGCAGUUAUUACGAAAAUAACGAUGUAUUUAAGAGCGGUCGCUACCCUAUCGUUUAUCUUCGAAAUUAUUGUAGCUGAACAAUUCUGUGCACUUACACCAGUUUUGCACAAUGUGAACAAACAUCAGUCUCUCGGAUCGACAUAUCGCAAAUUUCUUCAUGAAGAAAAAGAUUGUAAGAAAAAGUGCGAAUUAGAUGCGACAUUCAAUUGCACGGCGAUCCUCUGGGCAGCGGCAACAACUGGUGAAUGUUAUUUGAUGGAUAAAGUCGAUCUCACCAAUGAUAUAUAUCGUGAUGAUCAACACUAUACACUUUUUGUCAUGAAAUGUGAUGGACAAGAUUUACCCGAAAUUGGUUUUUCAUUGUUUUUGAAAGCGCAAGAGAACGUUUCACAGCCACAUGGAUACGGUUAUCGAUCUCCUGGAUUGAUUUCUGAAAAAGCUUGUCGUGAAUUUUGUGCAGCGAAUUAUGAAGGUGUUAAAUGUUCGGCUUAUGCUAUUGGUAACAAACCAAUAUCGCAAUGUUUCUUAUAUUCUGAAUAUCCACACAGCACUGGAAAUGGUUCAAUGACAAUUUAUCGUAAAGUUUGCCGACGAUCUCCACAUAACUGCCAAUAUACUGUGUGGUCGGAAUGGACAGUUUGCUCCGCAACUUGUGAUGGUGGUCAACAGAGUCGUAAACGCGAAAUCUUGGCCAAGCCAUCGAAAAAUGGCAUUCCUUGCUUGGAAAUUGAGAAGAUUCAAACAAGGCGUUGUGGUGAAGUGCCUUGCCCUGGUUGCACAUAUGGUCCGUGGAGCCAAUUCAGCGCAUGUUCUGCUAGCUGCGGUAAAGGAACUAUGACUCGUACGAGAAAUAUCAUUGGUCCAAGUGGUCACCAUGCAAAUCAAACUGCUUGUUAUCACGAACAAGAAACCUUAAAAGAGAUAAGUGAACCAACGCACUGUCGCCAUUACUAUGGUCCAGUUUCAAUUCAGCUUAAUUGUGAGAGAGAUGAUUGCGAAUUUGAGGAUGAAGCCUUAACGACAACUACUUCACAUUCAGCAAUUUCGUUUAUAGCUGAUGAACUUACCACUGAUGAACCUUUUGCUCAAGGAAUAAACCAGUGGACACCAAGAAUUGAAACAACUCAAAUUGAUGAAUUUGUUGUUGCUGAAGCAGCAUCAAUUGAAAUUCUUCCAAGUGAAAAUACGCCAUGUUUUUUGCACGGUUUUAUUGAUAGGAAAAUUUUUCUAAGUGAAGGCAGUAAAUAUUAUUUAUACGAUCAUCAAUGUAGAGCAAACAAAACGAAAGAUACUGCCAUAUGUGAAUGGCAAUCGGUUGCGACGGAAAUAGAUUUGUCAACAUAUCCAAACAAGGAGCCGCUUGGACACAUACGUAGCUCACAAAGAUGCGGAACAGUUUGUCAGUUAACCUAUCCUACGUUCGUACUUAAGAAAAUUUGUACUGCAUAUGCGUAUACUUUCAACUUAACGACGAACCCAGACCUCGAUAACUGUUUCAUGAUCGAUCACCAACGUUUUAAAUCAGACGAUGAAUUAGAUAAGUUAUUAGUCCAUGGAUCUGGAACUUACAAUGUUUACUUUCUUUCAUGCUCAUAA